CGAUGUCUCCGCCCCCUCCGUGGAGUUUCCCGAAAGCCAGCGCGGUAGGCCCGGCUGCGCUAAGAUGGCGACUCCCAUGCAUCGCCUCAUAGCCCGCAGACAAGCUGAAGCCAAUAAGCAACAUGUGAGGUGUCAGAAAUGCUUGGAAUUUGGACAUUGGACUUAUGAAUGCACUGGAAAAAGGAAAUACCUACAUAGGCCAUCAAGAACAGCAGAACUAAAGAAAGCCUUAAAGGAGAAAGAAAACAGGUUAUUAUUACAGCAAAGCAUUGGAGAAACUAAUAUAGAAAGAAAGACCAAGAAAAAAAGGUCCAAGAGUGUAACUAGUUCCAGUAGUGAUAGCAGUGACAGUUCAGCCAGUGACUCUUCAUCGGGGAGUGAAGACACAUCUGCCUCCUCCUCCUCCGAGGACAGUGACUCCGACGAGAGCUCCUCCAGCUCGUUGUCCUCAGCCUCCUCCUCAACCUCCUCCUCCUCCUCCUCGGACUCAGACUCGGGCUCCAGCUCUCCCAGCAGCAGCAGUAGCACAGAGAGCAGCUCUGAGGAUGAGCCACCGAAGAAGAAGAAGAAGAAAUAGAAUUUCUCAUCCAUAUUGGACCAGGGACCCGAAAACACCAACGUGAUUCUCAGAAGAGAAUGCAGACAGUGUUAAAGCCAAAUAGAUUAACUGUUCAGAAUUUCUAGAGUUCAGAAGUUUCUAAGUGUUUCACAUUGUAAGAGCAUAAAGAUAAUAAUCAGUUAUAUAUAGAAAGAGUUUUAUUUGGAGGUGAAUCUUGUUUUUCUUUUUUUUAAAUCUUUAAAAUGUAUCUCUAUGGCCAGGGAUUUAGCUCAGUGGUUUCACCGCCUGCUGUGCAAGUGCAAGGACCAGAGUUCAAUCUCCAGUACCAAAAAAA